UCAGCUCUCUCCACGAACUGAGGUGCACGAUGAAGAACCCAUCAGUGAUGGCACCCUGCGUUCUCUUCCUGGCCAUCUUGUUCGCGCGACCUGCCGCUUCGACGACGAUGUUGCGCGCCGACCUCAGGCACGUCGACAGCGGCCGCGGCUUCACCAAGCGCGAGCUGCUCACCCGGAUGGCCGCUCGCUCGACGGCGCGUGCGGCCAGCCUCGGCGCCAGCGCUCAGGCAGCAACUGCACCUGUGGCCAGCGGCGGUUCCGAAUACCUCAUCCACCUGAGCAUCGGCACGCCAAGCCCGCAGGCGGUGGCGCUGGUGCUGGACACCGGCAGCGACCUUACCUGGACGCAGUGCGCUUGCACGGCCUGCUACACGCAGUCACUCCCGGUGUUCGACCCGUCCGCCUCCCGCACCUUGGGUACCGUGUCGUGCACCGACCCUAUCUGCGGCGCGCAAGGGGGCCUCCCGAACUCCGCGUGCAGCUCCCAGAAAAAGUUGUGCCGCUAUGGCUACUCCUACGGCGAUAAAUCGUUCACCAUAGGAACGAUCGUCGAGGACACCUUCACCUUCAGCAGCUCGGACGUGCCCAGCCUCCGCUUCGGCUGUGGCAUGAAGAACGGCGGCCGCUUCACGCCGAACGAGUCCGGCAUCGCUGGCUUCGGCCGCGGGCCCCUGUCGCUGCCUUCGCAACUCAAUGUUGACAGCUUCUCCUAUUGCUUCACCACCAUAGGAGAUCAGGGGAGCAGCCCGGUGUUCCUGGGCACGCCGGACAACCUCGGAGCCGACGCCCAAUCCACCCCGUUCGCGCCAACCCCUGCAAGCGGGGGAACCUCGUCCUUCUACUAUCUUUCGCUCCAAGGCGUCUCUGUUGGCAAGACUCUGCUGCCGUUGACAGCGUCUGGAUCCGAUGGGCCGAUCAUUGACUCCGGCACGAGCAUCACAAUCUUCCCCGAGGCUGUCUUCCAGAGCCUCCGGGAGGCAUUCGUGUCGCAGGUGCCUCUUCCCGUCGCCGACGCCUCGGCCUCGCCCAUCCCCGGCAUGUUGUGCUUCUCCACGGCGCAGGCAACGGACCUGGAAAAUGUGCCUGUGCCGAAGCUCAUCCUCCACCUGGAGGGCGCCGACUGGGACAUUCCGAGAGAGAACUACUUGCUGGAGGUCGAGGACGACAAGGGCACCGCCAACGCUCUACUGUGUGUGGUGAUACUUUCGGCGGGCGACCUCGACAUAACGGUCAUAGGCAACUUCCAGCAGCAGAACACGCACAUCGUCUACGACCUGCAGGCCAAUAAGAUGAACUUCGCGCCCGCGAGCUGCGACCAGCUUUGAGUUAACUAUGGCCGGACGCGUGCAUGUCCAUGCGCAAAUGCAAACUAUACUACAGUUUUACCUGCUAGCGCCCAAGUGUUUGCUUCUAGCAUCUAAAUAUUUAUCUAUCUAUCUAUCUAUCUAUCUAUCUA